UGCCCAACCUCGUUUUUCUCUGUCUUCACAACAAUAUUCUUCGAUACGCUUGAAGCUAAUUUCUGCACCGCCAUAUACCUCUCAGAAGAACCACUUUCACAUCUUCUUUCUUCUUAACUUUUGUGCUGAUUGAUAGAACUCGAAAGGGACAGAAGGAAUGUCGAACCCUCUGCAACUCAAGUCAUUGAAUCAUAUCUCACUUCUGUGUGCAUCACUGGAGAAGUCCGUUGAGUUUUACGUAAACGUUCUCGGGUUUUCUCCUGUUAAAAGACCUAGUUCGUUUGAUUUCAAUGGUGCAUGGUUAUUCAAUUAUGGCAUUGGAAUACACCUUCUCCAAUCAGAAGACCCACGAGGCAUGCCUAAAACUACUCCCAUUAAUCCUAAGGACAACCACAUUUCUUUCCAAUGUGAAAGUAUAGCAGCUGUGGAGAAAAGACUGCAGCAAAUGGAGAUAGAGUACGUGAAGAGCAGAGUAGAGGAAAGCGGAAUCUACGUUGAUCAGCUCUUCUUCCAUGACCCAGAUGGCAUGAUGAUCGAAAUCUGCAACUGUGAUAACAUCCCUAUGGUGCCUUUAUCAGAGGACAAACUAUGGUCAUGCUCUCGCUUCAAUUGCAAUAUUCCAAACCGCCAGCGCCAGAUUCAGCAAAUGAUCCCUAUGUAGUACUAAGUUACUUGCAAUGACAUGUCUGCCUGUACAAAAUUAUCGCUUGUAAAUUAUGUUGUACGUUAGUAAUUGUAAUAAAACUUUCUUCAUGAAAGUAAAAAUAUUUCUUCAACGUUUUUGUCGUUUAUCAAGCUGUUAUAGUA